UCCGACAAAAGAUGGACUCCUGAAGAAUUUUUAUAUGCAUCGGUUGUUCGACUUCGGAUUUUCCUAAUUAAAUUUUAUUAGAACUGUUAAGAUAUUAUUCUUUUUUAUGAUCACGUCCGCGGUGUAAACGAUGAUUGUGCAGGAGCCAGUGCAGGCAGCCAUAUGGCACUGUUUAAAUCAUUAUGCUUAUCCAGAUGCAAUAUUUUUGGCAGAAAGAUUAUGCGCGGAAGUGGAUACAGAAGAAACAUUAUUUCUUUUGGCAACUUGUUAUUACCGUUCAGGAAGAGUUAGACAAGCUCAUGCCUUACUUUCUAAAAAGGCACCUAGCUCUGCACAAUGUAGGUUUCUUUUGGCAAAGUGCUGUUAUGAUUUGGAAAAGUAUGCGGAAGCAGAAGCAGCAAUAAUCGGAGGAUAUUAUAAGCAGUUAAAAAGUUUAGAAGAGAUAACAACUCAAUUUGGUGAACAGGCAUGUUUUUCACUGCAGAUAAUAGCUAAAAUUUAUUAUAAAAUGAUGCGCACUGCUAAAGGCAAUGAAGCACAUAAAUUGGCUUUAAAAAUGAAUCCAUUUUUAUGGCAUUCUUUCGAAGAAUUAUGUAAUGUAGGAGAAAAAGUAGAUCCAGCAAAGAUCUUCAAUCUGGACAAAUUAGAUAAUUUUGCUAUGUGCCAUGGUGUAACACCAAUUCUAAGUUAUAUUCCAGAACCUGAUUUUAUUGUACCUGUUAACAAUACAAAUAGUACUCCUACACCAAAUGGCACUAAUAGUACUCCUGUGCAAACUACAACCGCAACGAUCAUAAACAACGUAGCACCUAGUGUACGGUUGUAUUCGUCUAUAGAAGAAAGCCCGCAAAGUAUACCUGCACACUAUAUUCAUCCUUCUUCGAUAUCACCUCGUGCUAAACUUCCUCGAUAUCGGAGUAUGUUCAGUAAUUCUAUGAGUCCUCUUACACCUAGUUUUGGUAUCUUGCCAUUGGAAAGCAACACGCCUGAACCUACCGUUUUACCUUCUCAUACGACUCUUACAGAAGCAAAUGACCAAAAAAGUUUAGCAAAAUGUGUUAGUAGUUUGAGGGCUCAUGUAGGGCAAUUUAUUUCAAGGAAGGAAACACCUUUACAACAAGGUAAACCAGUAUUUUCUCAAUCUGGUAAUGCAAGUAAUACUGCUAAUAUAGUCACAGUAACACCAAGUACUCCUGCACCUGCACCACCUACUCUUCAGGGUACAAAUGUUAGACGGUCGUCGAGAUUGUUCAGUCACAGUUAUUCGGUUAAGGAAAAUAAUAAGUCACCUAAUAGAAAUAAAUUUGCAACACCUAAGUCACCAUCAAGAAAAGCGAAAGCAAGACUAUCCAAGACAAAUUUAAAUAAAACUAAUUUUAAUGACUUAAAUGAGAGAAAUCGAAAUGAAAAAGAGAAGAAUGAAACAAUUACGUCUGAAAAGGCUGUAGCAAAUGUAAAUGCAUUGAAUAACCAAAGUAGCAUUGCUCAUUGUGCCGUGACAUUGCAAAAACAAUGUGCUGAAGGUUUAAUGUCUUUGUUAAAAGAACUUGGUAUGGCAUAUCAACAUUUAAGCCAGUACAAUUGUGCACAAGCUAUUGAGAUCCUUAGUGUUCUUCCAACGCAACAUUAUAAUACAGGAUGGGUACUGUCUAUGUUAGCACGUGCUCAUUUUGAGAUGAUAGAUUACAAAAAAUCAGCUGGUUAUUUUGCUGAAGUCAGACAAUUAGAACCACAAAGGACUGAAUUAAUGGAAAUAUAUAGUACAGUUCUAUGGCAUAUGCACGCAGAAGUACAACUUUCUACGCUGGCUCAAGAACUCGUUUCCGAAGAUCGUAAUUCACCAGCUGCAUGGUGUGCCACUGGUAAUCUAUUCUCUGCUCAAACUGAGCAUGAAACAGCGAUCAAGUUUUUCCAAAGAGCUAUUCAGGUAGAUCCUAAUUUUCCAUAUGCAUAUACACUCCUUGGUCAUGAAUAUGUUAUGACUGAGGAAUUGGAUAAAGCAAUUACAGCGUUUCGUAAUGCAAUUAGACUUGAUCCCAGACACUACAAUGCAUGGUUUGGCUUGGGAACAAUAUUUUCUAAACAAGAACAAUAUAGCUUAGCAGAAUUACAUUUUAAACGAGCUUUGCAAAUAAAUCCACAGAACUCGGCAAUCAUGUGCCAUAUAGGUGUCGUACAACAUGCCCUUAAAAAAACCGAUCAAGCUUUAAGAACAUUAAAUGCUGCUAUUACUAACGAUCCUAAUAAUACUCUUUGUAAAUUCCAUCGUGCAACCAUUAAUUUUUCAAUUGGUCGGCACGCCGAAGCAUUACGAGAGUUCGAAGAAUUAAAAAAUAUCGUGCCCAAAGAAUCUCUAGUCUAUUAUUCGAUAGGAAAGGUGCAUAAGAAACUAGGAAAUACUCAUCUUGCACUGAUGUACUUUAGUUGGGCAACAGAUUUAGACCCGAAAGGUGUAAAUAGUCAAAUAAAAGAAGCUAUAUUAAGUCCAGGUCAAGGUGAUGAAGAUUCUCCGGGAACACAAUCAGUAGAGGAACAAAUUCAAAAUAAUAGUUCUAUGGAACACGAAACUGAUACAAACAGAGAAGGAAACGGGCCGAUACUUGAUGGAAAUGUUCCUCCUGUUGAAGCACCUGCUGAUGACAGUGAUGACAGUUUAUGAAGAUGUCGUGUAAUGUGGAAUGGAUUUGUAGAACGAAACAUUGUUUCGCGUUGUUAUAUAUCACCUUCAUAUUGAUUUAAUCGAAAGUUUUCCAGCUGAUGUAGCUUGUUCUGGAUCGAUGCUUAUUGAAUUAUUACUAAUUUGAUUUACAUAGGAUCUGAAACAAUCAAGAACUGACUUUUACCAUUUUUGUUACCAGCUUUGUAGUAUUUUAAUGCGUUUCUCAGCCUUGUACUAUGAGAACCUGUAAUAUUUUCUCUCUCUUUCUCUCUUUCUCUCUCUUCUUUUUUCUUUAAGUAAUGAACUAGAAUUUAUGUCUCGUGCUUUCCAUGUCGUUUAUGUCAGAUCCGAUGAGUAUGAGAAAAGCAACAAUUUACAUGAGAAAAUUAAUGAUUGACUUAAUCUUUUUCAUCGACUUGUACAUUACGCGUUUAUCUGUAUAUUUUUUACUAUAUCGCGGUUCCCUUUUAUAUUCGUUCGAACAUUCGAUCAUUUUCCUUACGAAUCAACUAUUGUGUAGAGACUGUACCGCGUUAUAAAACCUAAGCGAAUAUAGUCGUAAGCAUGCCGUAUAUAGUUAGGUAAUAUAAUUAAUUAAUUGCGUAAGGAAGUAAGAGAAGUCUUGUGUAAAUGUAAAUUAUUAUUAUGGUAUAUAUCUCCCUAUUAUUUUAUUAUAAUUAUAUUAUUAUUAUCUAUAUAUAAUUAUUAUCGGUAAUUCAAGGAUCGUGAAAUCAUACUCGGCUAUACAAAGGUAGCCGUCGGACGACCGUGCAAUUCAUACGAUGAGGUAAAACCGCGUUGAUCGAUCGAAUCUUUUUCGCAAACGACACUGUCGAAGACAAUUUGGAUUGCGAAUGAUAAAUGUCAAAAAGUCGAUCGAACGGUUGUGUAUAUUCAAUGGCGAAUCAAUGUACUCGUAUUUGCAAUACACGCAUACUGCCGGGACAUUAAUCGUACGGGCGAGAUUACGUUUCGCAUAAAUAAAACGUAUAUCGAUAUGUUGUCUUUAAAAUAUACGACACACACAAAAACGUUUGUACAAGCAUAAA